CACCCGAUGAAGAUCAACUCCAAGCCCCAACUGUGGAGAUAUAUUACCACAACUGGAAGAAUUCCAGGACAGCUUGCGUGACGCCCCGCCCCUUCGAGUGACGGUCCAAUUUUGACACGGAAAGUGCUUCACGCGUGAUGGCUGCCACUGAAAUGGCGGCUGCUGCCUCCGAGAUAACUCUUGCGGUGAUGGACGAGAGCCGUGGUGCCGUCGAGAACAAAAUGGAUACCGUUGGCGACUGCCAAAACGAAGCGGAAACAGGAGCGCCAGCUGGCUGCGGGCAGCCGAACAUGGCUGAGCUCGAGGCUGAGGCCAGCGAGGCUCCGGAGCAGGCCGCGAGCGAGGCGCCGCCGCCGCCGCCGCCGCCUCCGACUGACGUUCCAGAAUCGGUCAAACAGGAGGCCGCAUCCCCUCCCCCAGAUGUGGAGCUACCUUCCGAGGAGGUGCCGCCGGAGCCCCGGCAGAACUAUGCGGAUGUCAACGGCGAGCACUUAAACUGUGGCACGGAGAAAGAUGCUAAAGCGGAGAGCCGGUGUUCGGGUAUGGAGGACUGCGACAAGACCAAACCCAGUUGCGACGACGGCGACAAACUGAGCGGCGGAGACGCCGCGUUGGGGGACAAGAGGCGGCCGAGCGUGGAGAUCUCCUCCUCCGACGGUGAACCGCUGAGUCGCAUGGACUCUGAGGACAGCAUAAGCAGCACCCUGAUGGAGAUGGAGAGCACAGUGUCAAGUGGGCGCUCCACCCCAGCUAUGAUGAACGGACAGGGCAGUGCCAGCUCCUCUGCUGUUAAGGCCGUUGCCUACUCCUGUUGCUGGGACCUUUGUCUUCAGUACUUCAACUCAAGCCCUGAUCUUGCUGAACAUAUCAGGGGCAUCCAUGUGGACGGACAAAGAGGAGGGGUGUUUGUGUGUCUGUGGAAAGGUUGCAAGGUCUACAACACCCCAUCUACCAGUCAGAGUUGGCUUCAGAGACACAUGCUGACCCACAGUGGAGAUAAGCCCUUCAAGUGUGUUGUUGGUGGCUGCACCGCAAGUUUCGCUUCCCAGGGGGGCUUGGCUCGCCACGUGCCCAGCCACUUCAGCCAACAAAGCUCUUCCAAAAUGUCCGGUCAGGCUAAACUCAAGGAGGAGUCUCCCUCUAAGGCUGGUCUCAACAAGAGGAAGAAGCUCAAGAACAAACGCAGGUGCUCCCUACCGAGGCCCCAUGAUUUCUUUGAUGCUCAAACCAUGGAUGCUAUCCGUCACCGAGCCAUCUGUCUCAACCUAUCCACUCAUAUUGAAAGCGUGGGCAAUGGACACAGUGUGGUCUUUAACAGCACAGUGCUAGCCAAAAGGAAAGAAGGCUCAGGAAAAGUGAAAGUUCUCUUACACUGGACACCAGAAGACAUUCUGCCUGACGUGUGGGUGAAUGAAACAGACGAAUCUCGGCUGAAGACGAAAGUGGUACACUUAUCCCAGUUGCCGCAGGAAACCGCCAUGCUACUGGACCCCAACAUAUACAGGGCACUUCCACAGAAGCGACUAAAGCAGAGCAUCUCUCACUCUCUCUCACAUUUGGCCCAGCCUGUAAGGUGUCCUUUCUGGAUUGGAUUUUUAUUCCUUGGUACUACAAGUUAUUUCUAAUUGGGAUGAGACACUCGUCAUCGCCGUUCUCUGGAAUGGGACAUGGAACAAUUAAAACAUUUGUCUUCAUGAAGAACUGUCCCCCUGCGCCCCUUCCCCUCCUCCAAAAAAAAUCUGAAAAUAUCCCAUCACCCAAUGUUGUAACAGGUCUUAUGUGGAACAAACAUUUUUAGUGUUUUGUGUAAAUUAUAUAUGCAAAUUUGUAACUUAUUUUUAUAACAAAAAAAACAAAAUUGUCAUGUUUGUGAAUUUGUGUGAGCAAUUUCAAUGGAACCGUAUUUACUGUGAUAAGCUAUGCUACGUCAGUAGUAGGGACGCUUGAAGUGUUUAUAUCGAAUGUGAGGCAAGUCUUAAGCAGUAUUAAUAUUACAAUGUCAAAAUGCAGUAAUUUUGACUCACUAUAUUAACCUGUAUAUACUGUACGUGUGCCACAGAAGUAAUAACUACGCUGAUGAUAUUCUGGAUGAUCGACUUUAUCAAAAACACUUAAGUACCCGCACGCCCAAUCGUGCCUCACUUUUGUCACUCCCUCCUUUUACAGUAUGCAUUGUAUAUUAUGCUACUUCUUACAAUUCAGCUGUAUAAGCAGCCUGAAACCCUCUGAAUCUAGUUUCUACUGUAUGUUAUCCUGUUUCACUGGAGUAUUGUGUUUCUAAUAAAACGAGUUCCAUGACAGGUGUUGACAAAUAGAGGUGGUUUUUACCAAUGAGGGGGUGAAGUAUGGAAGUGCCAGAAAGAAGCAAUACUUCUAUUGUGGUUUCAGUGAGUUCCUUCUGUUUACAUAGGCGGGAUUGGCUGCCUUAUUUGGAAUCCUCUAGCCAAAAAGCAUUGGGAGCACGCUGUGGAGAAGCUAAUGACUCAGCCAGCUUGCAGAAACCCCGUCGGCCUCAGUUGAAAACUGAGUUCAGGCAGAGGUCUGCUGUGCUGUUCUUUAUUAGCUUGUCCCUUUGCCUGUUCCCGCAUAUGGACUUCAUUGAACUUCAGCGCUAUUGGAGUUGAUAAUGACACCUUCAAGUGUUCCGUUUUCAGCGAAGGUGGGCGGAGUUCUAAAGGUUUGCAUAUUGUUUCACGUUUGCAUAUUGUUUCACGUUGUAAAAUACUGUUCUUCAUAAGUACUGAGAAUCAGUGUUUUCUCAGCGGAUCUUAAAAGGUUGAAUUUUCGGUGCGUCGAGCUGAUAUGAACUGGAGUUGAAAUUACUCUGACUUGCUAUGAACCAGCAAACACGUUUACAGUAUUAGUUAUUUUUCAAAGGACCCGGGUACUCAGCCCAUACUCUGUUCACACAAUACAGACAAUUCCUUGAUUUCAUUCCUAAUGUUUCACAUGUUUUGGCCAUGACCUUGAAAUAUCUGUGCAUUUUAUUGCAUUAUAUUCUUUAAAAAAAAAAAAAAAAAAAAAGUAAAAAAUCAAUCUGCUAAAUCAUAAUCCAGACAAUUAUUUGCAGGAUUUUGCACAUGAAACAAAAGCACAUUGUUUCAGAGGCUUUUCCGUACUUCAGCUCAAGCGAACAGAAUGAUCACGAAGAGGCGAGUGUUGUUUUUAGACUAUGAGCCCUCUCUCUGCCACCAAAUCCUGAUCGUCAUCAUUGACAGGCGCGCUCCUUCCGGGAUGGGAAACACUUCCCGGCUGAACCUGAAUGAUUUCACUCCCUCUGAAAGCAUAACCCUAUAGAGAAGGCAUUGCACUACCACAAGCCCAAAGGACGAAUCGGAUUCGAGGAAUCAUGGAUCCAUUGCUCCUGUUGUUAAAUAAUUAAAACUUGGAAACCAUCCACAACUUGGCUGACACUUGCUGUCCUAGUGUCUCACUGUGCACCACAUCCUGUAUUACAUUUUUUACAAAAGAAUAAUUGUGUCGAAGGAAGGA